GGUCAGUUCACCAAGUGCUCGCUGCCAAUUGGGCAAUUGAAUAGUGAAUGUCUUUACACUGUAUUUUCAUGGCGGAUUCAAAACGUGUGUGUUAAGAUUGUGUGUUUUUGUGCAAAAUAACAACAAAUAUAGGUUACAGAUGACAAUGCCGCAUGUGAAUUCUGGCGGCAAUGAUGACAUUUAUGAUAGUGAUGAAGUUAAAGUGUACAGACACGAAGGAGAUGAGGAGAAUGAAAAGAAAUCGUCGGAGAAUUUAUCGGAGGAUAAGCUGGGUUUGGUGACCGAAACCGAGGAGAACAAAGUAGGAGAAUAUCCCGGAAACAGCAAGGACCCGCGUCUGGUUGAUGAUGGCAAGCCCGGUCCGGAGGGUCGUGAAGGGCCAUUUGGAUACCUGCCUAGUGGGUACCCACAGUUUCCUAAUGGGGCCGCUCCCACCACCAUGAUAAAACGUGGCUGCACUACUACGAGUCCGAGAGUAAAAGAGCCUCAAUCUAAUGGAGAACUCCACAAUCCCCCUCCUCAAAAGAAAGCCCGCAUUGCCAAGUCACUGGACAAGACGAUGUUAAUUUUCUUCAUAGACAGCGGCGGAGUUCUACUUCAGUAA